GAAAAAUUGUUAAAAAAGCAAAUAAAACUAUGACGGAGAAACGUAAAAUAAAGCAAUUCCAUGAAAUGGAAUUGGAUGAUCGCAUUAUAAAGGCCAUAUCAAAAAUGGGCUGGAGUGAACCCACAUUGAUACAGGAGGCCGCCAUACCUUUACUUUUAGAAGGUAAAGAUGUUAUAGUCAAGGCUCGCACCGGUUCUGGCAAGACAGCUGCUUUUGCCUUACCAUUGAUUCAAAAGAUUCUCAAUUCCAAGUUGAAUGCUGCCGAGCAAUGUAUCAGUGCUUUGGUACUGGCUCCCAGUAAAGAACUAUGCCAGCAGACACGUAAAGCCAUGGAACAAAUGAGUGAAAAAUGUGGUAAAGUUUUACGUGUUGUCGAUUUGUCGUCCAGCGAUACGGUGGCACAAAGACAUGUUCUCUCCGAGAGGCCUGAUGUUGUUGUAACAACACCCGCCAAAGUUUUGGCACAUAUGCAAUCGGGUGCAAUGGAUUUGAAACAUUUAGAAACUCUUGUCGUAGAUGAGGCAGAUUUGGUAUUCUCAUUUGGUUUUGAGAAAGAUGUAAAGAAGUUGGUCGAAUAUUUACCACCAAUUUAUCAAGCUGUUUUGGUAUCGGCCACAAUAACCGAAGAUGUUAUGAAUAUGAAAAAUAUUAUUUUGAAUAAUCCGGUUAUUUUAAAACUUGAAGAGCCUGAACUUGUGCCAGAGAGUCAGUUAUCACAUCAGCGCAUUUUGGCUGAGGAAGUAGAUAAGCCGGCGAUUUUAUAUGCUUUGCUGAAGCUUCGUUUGGUUCGCGGGAAAAAUGUUAUUUUCGUCAAUACCGUGGAUCGCUGUUAUAAAUUGAAAUUAUUUUUGGAACAAUUCAGCAUAAAAUCAUGUGUCCUCAAUUCGGAAUUACCAGCAAAAAUUCGCAUACACACCAUUAAUCAAUUUAAUCAAGGCAUAUACGAUUUCAUUAUUGCCUCCGAUGAGCAUAUGUUGGAAAAUCCUGGACGCAAUAAAUCGGAUCGUGAAUCUGGGGCAUCAAGAGGCAUUGAUUUCCAAUGUGUUACCAAUGUCAUCAAUUUUGAUUUCCCCAAAGAUGUUAGCUCUUAUAUUCAUCGGGCUGGACGCACAGCCAGAGGUAAUAACAAGGGUACCGUACUAUCCAUGGUUAGCAUUAAGGAUAAGGAAAUCAAUGAUGAAGUGGAGGAGCGUUUGAAGGCCGGCUACAUGAGCGAGGAACAGGUUAUUAAAAACUACCAAUUUAAAAUGGAAGAAGUUGAGGCGUUCCGUUAUCGUGCCAAAGAUGCCUGGCGUGCUGUAACCCGUACCGCUGUCCAUGAGGCUCGUGUGCGUGAAAUUAAACAAGAAAUUUUCAAUAGCGAAAAGUUGAAGGCAUUCUUUAGUGAAAAUACACGUGAUUUACAAGUUUUGCGCCAUGACAAACCGCUCAAGACAGUUAAAGUACAACCUCAUUUAUCACAUGUUCCUGAAUAUAUUGUACCGAAGGCAUUAAAACGUAUUGCUACAACGCCGCUUACCUCGUCAUCAUCGUCAGCUGCAUCCACAAAGAAACCACGUUAUUUCAAUUCAUCUGCCAAGGCUGCGUAUGAAAGCAAAGCAAGUAAUCCUCUGUUGUGUAGUGAAAUUGAUUUUGGCAAAAAGUCAGGAGGUAAUAGACGUCGUAAAUGAGAGAUG